CACCACCCAGCCUCCAUGGCUGACCAGUUACGUGAGGAACAGGUGGCCGAGUUCAAGGAGGCCUUCUGCCUGUUUGACAAGGACGGGGACGGCGUCAUCACCACCCAGGAGCUGGGCACCGUCAUGCGCUCCCUGGGCCAGAACCCCACGGAGGCUGAGCUGCGGGACAUGGUAAGCGAGAUUGACCGCGACGGCAACGGCACCGUGGACUUCCCCGAGUUCCUGGGCAUGAUGGCCAGGCAGCUGAAGGGCAGGGACAAUGAGGACCAGAUCCGCGAGGCCUUCCGCGUCUUCGACAAGGACGGCAACGGCCUGGUGAGCGCCGCUGAGCUGCGGCAUGUGAUGACCAGGCUGGGGGAGAAGCUGAGCAACGAGGAGGUGGACGAGAUGAUCCGGGCCGCAGACGUGGACGGGGACGGGCAGGUGAACUACGAGGAGUUCGUCCACAUGCUGGUCUCCAAGUGA